AGCAGAGAACGCCACACAGGAACAAGCUUGCUAUCUAGGCGCGGAUGAUUUCGACCAGACACACCCGCUUCCCCCUGUGCCUUCUCCUGGCAGCGUUUAUUCCGAUCUCUACGGCCUUUACAGGGAAAGUCCCAUGGAGAUUGCCGGUGGCAGAACAACGUGACCAAGUUUUGCCCCGGUUGAAAGCGAAACAUGCCGACGAGGUUGCAGUCGAGGAGGUUCGAGCCCUGAAGGAGACGAUCCUUGAAGAGGCUGCGGGGACGUCGAAUGGACUGAAAGCGACACCGCAGCAACGGGAUGCAAUAUCCAAAGCAAUCAACGGUCUGGCGGCUGCAAACCCGACCAAGGACAUCACCACAUCGGAGCUAGCCACGGGAACAUGGGAUCUAAUCUACACCACCACACCGGGAGCGUCUGGUGGUAAGCUUGGGCCUUUCAUUGGAGAGGUGCAGCAGGAAGUCGACAUCGCUGAGGGCUUGUAUGUAAACUACGUUCGGCUCGGACCCCUAACGGGUAGACUGGAAGCGACGUGGGACGUUGUCAACAAGAGCCAAUGGAAGGUUGUUUUCAAGAGCAUCGCGUUUUUACUUUUUGGGCAACAGCUGGUGAAGAACGAGCUCGACCAAGCGGGAUUAUGGACGCUAUCGUACCUCGAUGACGACAUGCGUGUAUUGACGGCACGCUCGUUGGAGCGAGACACCGGUAAUGUUUACGUGCUUGCCAGGGCAUGAUAUGAUGAUGGAUCGCCAUUAUGCUGCUCCUUUUUUGCCAAAGCAGCGCGGUUUCCGCCAGUCCAUGUUUGCCCCCAGAUUCACAGUCGGUCGUUCGGACAAGGGCUGAGUACAAUGGCGAUGUCCUCGGCUGCUGAUUUCUUUCUGGCGAAACAGGGUUUCUGUAAGCUUUUCUUUCAACCCUAGUCGGGAGUAUGUCCUGUAGCCAAAAUCUCAAGUUGACGCGUGCAAGGCACCCUUGCCACGGGUGACAAUGUGAGUCCUGCCACACAGCAAAAUGUGAGAACUGGCAAGAUAUAUAUAUGUACAUCGCAUGAUGUGCGCGAACAAUAGGUGGCCUGCCUGUAGAAAGUUUGGCUUUUACGUCGGUUAGAGAGGCCCGCGGUAGUGAGGACAUUUGCGUUGGUGUUUGCUAGCGGCGUCGUGAGCGGGUUGCAGCGCUUGAUGAUGGAGCAGGUCGGGGGCCUUCAGAUAUCGGCGGAGGGUGCGUGCGGAGGCAUCGCCUUGACGGCGUGGUUGUAGGUUGUGUGAGGCGAGAGUACCGACAGGAGUUAAGAAAUGCCAGUGCCGUAAAUGGACGCAAAGUAUCCUCGCAGUUUCAAGCCGGCAUUUGUAGAUGUCCACAUCAAGCUCCUUGCCUGAUGCAGGGCUUGGCCAUAUAAGUGGUUGGGAUCCUUCAGGUAGUGGUGAGGGGUGAGUGCGGAGGCCUGCGGCGACGGGGUGGCCGUAGGUUGGGUGCAGCUAGAAUGGUGCCAGGGUUUAAAGCGACAUCCAUCCCGUGGAUCGUGUUUCGUACAUUUGUACGCUGCAGCGUUAUUUUUCUCUGUAGCCUGCAACAGACGCUGACCGUAAGGUCUUGAAAUGUAGAUGGUAUGUGGCUUACUUCAUGCCCUGCCCCCGUCCCCGUGCCUAGAACUGGUCUGGGCGUAGAUAAUAAGCAAGAAGAUGGGUGGACGGCAACGCGAUACACCUUCUGAAUCUGAGCUGGACGGGCUCGGAACAAGAUAUAUCGAAAUCCAUCCGUUGGGUAGUCUAGGCGGCUGGACGAAGGGGGGAUAAGCGACACGAAGACUGCUAAUAGUCGGCCAAGCCCAGUGCUAUUGAAGGAAGCACAUUCCCCUGCUCCCAAUCGGUUCACGUCGGUGGUGUGGUGUGCCUAAGGUUGUGUGUUGUUCUCCUCCAGUUGGUGGCCGAGUGAGUACGAGGGUUUAUGCUUGGGUCAGAGGUGGUGAUGUUAUGGCAAGACUUUAAGGAUUCGCCCAUCGAGGAAAACACGACUCUGUGGCAUGGAGCAUAGUGCACGUAAAUCCAGAAAAAAACGUUAGACUCAAACUUUCUUUGGCCACGAUUUACUGGGC